GAUAGUGAAAGAGGUAACACCAUUUGGGAAGCAACUUGACAGCUUCGUGACUGUGACACACUCUCUCUUUUCCUCUUUCCCUCCGUCACUCACUACGACGCCGUUUCACCUUUCCUCUUCUUCCUCUCUCGAUUCCGCUUCUCUUUCAGUCAACGCUCUUCCUCCAUUCAUUUCCUCUGUCGUUUCCUCGAUUCACCUUUUCACGCGCUUUCUUACCUCAUCACUCUCUUAGAAAUUAUUAGGUUAGGUAACAAUGUUCCUUUCUCGCUUUGCAAGUGAAAUUAGGUAUGGUUAUUGUAUUACACUAGGGGAAGGGGAUUGUAUUGCAUGGAUUGACUUAUUUGAACUUAUAUACUGACAUGAAAUUAUAAGACUGUGUGAGAGAGCUUGUGAAAAUAGUUUAUGGGCCUGUUUGGAUUGGCUUAUAUGAGCUUAUGAUAGACAUAAGUUUUGUGAGACUGUUUGGGAGAAUCUAUAGAAACAAUUUAUGACAAUUUUCUUAAGUUUUUUUUAGUUUAUUUUUCAUAAGUUCUUCAAGAUAGUUUAUGAAAAUACCUUAUAGCAUAUACCAAAAUAACUUAAAUUUAUUCUAUCAUUUUCUAUAGAAAUAGGUUAUGUAAGCUUAUAAAUAAGUGCUUAUCAUGUUAAGCAGUUGUGCUAUAAGCUGCAAAUAAGGUGUUUAUCUAAACAGGCCCUUUGACCUAUCUAUAAGUUGUUUUCAGCUUAUUUCUUUAAGCAUUUCAAAAUAGCUUAUGAAAAUAGUUAAUAGCUUAUAUGAAAGAAGAUUUAUUUUAUUUUGUUAUAAAACUAGCUUACAUAAGCACUUAUAUCACAAGUGUUUGUGCUAUAAGCGCUUAAUUAAGUUGUAUUUGGAAAUUGUUAUUUUCUUUUUUGUUUUUGGAAAUUGUUAUUUUCUUUUUUAUGUGAUGAAAGAUGAGAACUGUUAUGUAUGGUUUUGGGAACAAAAUAUUGGUUCUUAACAGAAUGCUAUUGCUAAUGGAAAAUACUCAUUUUGCUGCUUUAGAUGGUGCAAGUAAGUAGACUGGUUUUGCUAGUGCAAGGAGAAGCUUUUGUUUUCAUUCACACCUCAGAAAUUUGUAUUUGAAGGUUCAACCAAAGCUUCCUCUUGAUGGAGCGACCCGGGAGCUUCAACGACGGUCAACAUAUUAUAGAAAUACCUGUGAAUGUCGAGGCUUCUACAUCCGCAUCGUCUCGUGAUAGACAUUUUGAUGCUGUAGACACGGUGCGUGUAGAAAGAGUAGGCAGUAUGCAGUUGUCUGGUGGUCAGCCUUCGGUUUCAACCUCAGGCGUACCAAUUGGAUCAAAUAGUAGGAAUUCUUCGUUUGUAAGACGGGGGGAUGCUCGUCGGAGUAGGAGUCCUGUUCAUUCUGGAUUAUGGAUAUCUAUUGAGCUAGUCCUGUUAGUAAGCCAGAUUGUUGCGUCUGUCGUUGUUUUGUCAUUGUCCAGGCAUGAGCAUCCGCAUACGCCAUUGUUUCAAUGGAUAGUGGGCUAUGCAUCUGGAUGUGUUGCUACACUUCCUCUUCUUUUUUGGCGGUAUUAUAAUCAUAAUCAUAUGCGAGAACAAGAUACAGCUCAGUCACGUCAAACAUCUCCUCGGGUUAGUGAUCCUUCUGGGACACAUCUGUCCAUUUCAAGAAAUAAUGGUGAUGUUGGUCAGGCUGCUGCUGCAUCUUCUAGAGGAACUCAAGCUUCAAUACUGAUGAAUAGAAGAACGAAGAUACUUGUGGAGUACUUCAAAAUAUCCUUAGAUUGCUUUUUUGCUGUGUGGUUUGUCGUUGGAAACGUAUGGAUCUUUGGGGGACAUGCUUCUGCUGAUGACGCUCCUAACUUGUAUAGGUUAUGUAUAGUGUUUCUUGCAUUUAGCUGCAUUGGUUAUGCCAUGCCUUUCAUCCUCUGUUCAACCAUCUGCUGUUGUCUCCCAUGUAUAAUUUCCAUCCUCGGUGUUAGAGAGGAUCUCACACAAAACAGAGGAGCAACUUCUGAAUCCAUUAAUGCUCUGCCAACUUACAAGUUCAAGAUGAAGAAAAAUAAAAGAAAUAGUGAUAACAAUUCUGCUAAUAUAGAAGGUGGAAUUGUGGCUGCAGGAACUGAAAAAGAGCGUGUGAUCUCUGGAGAAGAUGCGGUUUGCUGCAUCUGCCUGGCAAAGUAUGAAAAUAACGACGAGCUGAGAGAAUUGCCUUGUUCUCAUCUUUUCCACAAAGACUGCGUUGAUAAGUGGUUGAAGAUAAAUGCAUUGUGCCCUCUUUGCAAGAGUGAGGUUGGUGAAGACCUAACAGGAUUGAGGUCCGGAGAAGAUGCCACCCAAACAACGGGAUGAUAGCAGAGUUGUAAAUGGUGUCACCAUCCCUAGGUUUAAUCUAGUUAUAUACAAUACACACGAUUUGGAUGCUGUCGAUAUCCUUAAAACCUGAGAAAUGGAUAAGCUCAUCUUGCAAGUUAUGAGAGAGAAAGAACAUAUUGCCUAUUUAUAAACUUGGUCGACAUUACUCAGGUAAUGGUGGUGGGCUCCUACACAAUAAGUGUGUGUUUUUCUCUCGCAUAACACGACACAGACACUUAUCUUUUGAAGGAAAAGCAAAUUAUCUAAAAACCAGUUAUUAUACAUAUUUACACUUGCAAUCUUGUAAAGUUUUUUCCCUUUCAAUGAUACUUACGUUUUCUCCAUGGAUGGGAUUGAGGUCAUCCAUUCCAAUUCCAUAUCAUUUUUGUUUAUAUAUUUUCUUCUUUUGGUUGGAACUAUAAGUUGGUAUGAUGUAACUGAUUGUUCAAGUUACGGCCAGCACGAGCCAGAGAUGUAUGAUGUUACGCAUUUGGGUUAAACAUAAUUUCAUGUAAAUGGGCCACAGCCUCACAGGAAUAUAUAAAGUGAAGUACUGCCAUUAGACAA